CGUCUCAUUCAGUAGAGUCCGCGAUAUAAGCCAAGGCGCGAGUUCACGGCACUCGCGCGUCGCGAUCAGCUGAUGCGGGAAACUAUAUUUCGCGCGUUACCCGACGUAUUUUUUCUUAUCAAGAUAAUCCGGAACAUCUGGGGCAAAAUUCUUCUUUAACAGCUCGAAAGCGUCCGGAGAAGACGUCUCCGAGAAAUUGCGAAAAGGGGGAGUCGAACCGCCACUUGUCAUCAAGGACCCGCAAGCUAUCAGUAUGUAGAUUUCAUUAUAGUGCGAGUGCUCGCGCGUGUCAGAUCCGUUCGGAAACGAGAGGCUUUCCGGAAUUCAGCCCACACGUCUGCAAAGGUGGAUUAUAGUGAUAAUACGCGUAGAUCCUCUCUAGCUCGGCUAGAGAAUUCGAAAAGGUUCGCCGACGCGUGAACAAAAAGCCAGAAUCACUCUCGUCGAGGUGUAUUUUCUGCCCACAGCUGUCUAUUUUUGUACAACAUUUUUUACAUCAUUGUGCGACUUCCAAUAUAAGCGGAUCUAACGGUAUGCAAAUUAGAGAUCGUCGCAUUGAAUUUCUUUCUCGUCAUCAGCGUUCAAAGUCUAUUCGCUUGGACUAUACAUUAAUAAGCAGCGUAUAUAGAUAUAAUGAGACAGCUAGCGAAGGUGACGUCGCUUCCGACUUGAUCGAUUAUUCAAAAGACUGUAUUACGGCUGAAAACGCGCGUAAGUUGUUGGCUCGCGGCUGAGCUGGCUCUCUUUCAGCCUUAAAGGGAUAACAACUAUAAUUUAUAUCUAAUCGAUCGAUAGGCAUUUGUACUCGAGCGAUCGUAAAAUCGCAUCGUUUAAAUCGGCUUAGUCAUCGUGACGAGAGGGAAUAAUUAAUUGCUAUCUGUAUCCCGGGUUUGUACUCUCUUUCGUGAACUUUUGGCUCGUCAAGAAGGAUCACGUCUCGGGUUUCGGACGGAACUAGGAGAUGCCUUCCAAAAAGUAACGAGAGACGAGUUUCUGCGAGACAUGCUGGCUUGAAAUACGACUCGCAGACGUGGAAGUUCAAUGUUCUUCGAGGAGGUGAAUGAGUUGACUCGCGACCACGUGACUUCGAUUCUUGAAACGUCAGAGAGAAAGUCCGACCGGAUCGGAGUAGUCGAAAAUGCUUAUGUAUUCCAAGAGUGAAGGCAAUUAAAGCAACGAGAGAUAGAGAGUUUCCACGACAUCGCACAAUCUGGUACGGAAGCUGCAGCAGUACUGAUCGCUCCAAAACGUGAUCGGCACUUAUAAAUAAUAAAUGUAGCGAUAUAGACGUUAUCUCGCGACCCGAGAUAAUACGAAUUAUCGGAUAAACAUUUGAGAACAUUUUUCGUUCUAAUUACAAAGCGAUUAGUCAGUCAGCGAAACAUGGCUCUCGAGUCGAGAUUGUCGCACUCGAACGAGGAAGGGCAUCCGAUGCUGAAUUCGUCAAAUUACAAUACGCAUACAUUGGACAAUGAGAAUAACAAUAAUAAUGACAAUGUUAAGAGUGGAAAGAGCUCUUUCCAGAAAGAAGACGCGGUCGUGCUGCAUUCGAAUGCGAAAGGAGUGCUUGCACAGUGUUUAGUAACAGGUGCAGUAUUAUUAUUGGCGAUGGGCGGCGGGAUGCCUAUUGGUUACAGUGCAGUAUUGUUGCCGCAAUUGUCGAGAAACAACAGUGCUUUAUACGUGGAUCGCGAAGUCGGGUCCUGGAUAGCUUCCGUUCACAGUCUGACGACUCCUGUCGGCUCGCUCUUAUCUGGACCGUUGCUGGACAUGAUCGGCCGACGAGGUAGCCUCCAAUUGUGUGCAAUUCCUCUGUGCGUAGGCUGGUUGAUAAUCGGUUUCUCGAGAUGCGUGACCGCUAUUUUGAUAGGAAGACUCGUUUGCGGUUUAUCUGUGGGAAUGAUGGCGGUGCCCGUACAGGUUCUGGUAACGGAAAUGGCGUAUCCCGGCCUACGUGGUUUUCUGGUAGUCGGCUCGUUCGCCUCGUACUGCUUCGGUAUACUGCUGGUUUACGUUUUGGGCGCCUCUUUUAAUUGGGACGUUGUAGCAUUUUCCGGCAUCGUGCCUCCAGUUCUGGCUUUUAUCGCUCUCUGCCUGGUGCCCGAAAGUCCAGCCUGGCUCGUUAGACGGAAGAAGAUUGAAAAAGCCAAGGAGGCCCUUUUAUGGCUCAGAGGCGGCGAUAUAGCUCAGGUGAAUGUAGAAAUAGCUGUCCUGAACGCGGGAAUGAGAGCCGAGGUGGAUGAGAGGCCUGUCUCGCUGAAGGAAAAGAUCUCCUCGGCAGUGUCCAUCAUGCGAGAUCCGGGUGUGCUGAAGCCAUUCAUGAUCAUCAACAUAUUCAAUAUCCUUCAAUUGUUCUGCGGAACGUACAUCAUCGUCUUCUACGCCGUUGAUAUGAUCAAGGACAUCGGCGACAGCAAUAUCGAUAAUUAUUUGGCGGCCGUCGUGACAGCGGCCAUCAGAUUCAUCUUCUCCAUUGUCUCUUGCAUUCUACUACUUAAAGUGGGCAGACGACCCUUAGGUAUCAUUUCGGCCUUCGGCACGGCCUUGGCCUCUUUGACACUCUCAGGAUACAUGCUGGUCCGACAGAAGGGCUCUUCCGUGGACGCCUACUUGUUAGCCGUAUGUUUGUUGCUUUACGUCGGCGCGAACACCCUGGGUGUGUUGACGCUUCCCGCGCUGAUGUCCGGCGAACUGAUGCCUCUCAGGGCUCGAGGCAUCGGUAGCGGAUGCAGCUUCUUCAUCUUCAAUUUACUUAUGUUCUUCGCCACCAAGUGUUUCCCAUGGAUAAACAAUGCUGUUGGCGUAUCAGGAGUGUUUGCUAUUUUCGGCCUCUCUGCUCUUUUGGAAACUAUCUUUAUUUACCUCGCUCUACCAGAAACGAAGAAUUGUACACUUCAGCAGAUUGAAGAUUACUUUCAAGUAAGGAAACAUACGAAAUUAGAUAAGCUUAUUAAUCAUAGAGACAGCAUACUCAACGUAAUUAUAUUUCCGCAGCAAAGUAAUCUCUUAUGGAUAACUAGAACGCGAACGAGGAGGGAUGCAUUCGUGCCUGUGAACGCUACUUCCGUCUGAGCGGUUUAAUCUCUCUAUCUUGAAUGUAAAUAAAAUCGAAAUGUUUAAUUUAUACAUGACUGCGAUAUUAUUAGAUAAUAAUAAUUGUAUACUUUUAUAUUGUUAGUAUUUUAAGAUGUCUUCUCUGUGAAUAUAUCGCUCUGACGAGCAAAUCUAAUAUGCAAUUAAUUAUGUAAGUAAAAAUUAAAAUAGCAAUAUCGAUAUAGUAUAGUAUAUCGUUUAUACUUAUAGAGAAGAAAAUUUGUAUUCCAAUUUCAUGAUUGAGAUUUGUGAAUAAAUGGAACUUUUCUGAUA